AUGGAGAACGACACGGACAGCCAGACGGAUCAGCCCGCGAGUCCGACUGGCAAUGUUGCCGCGACGACCUCGCCCAAUGGCCCGGACCAUAGUCACGCCCCUUCCCCUGAUCCGCCAUCUACUCGCCCAAAUCCCUUUGAUGACAGUGAGCUUUCUGCCCGCAAAAGACGUCGAACAUCGGGCUCUGCGUCACCCCCACCAGUAUCAUCAUCAGCAUUAGCAUCCGCCCAAGCAUCUGCAAGCUCGGACGCAUCGACGUCUGGGGAUGGAUCCGCAGACGACAAGUCGGCCGUCAAGAAUUUCAGCAACAACACAAUGACUACGGACCAGCAGUCUCAAAACGCGGCGACGCCUUCUGCGCCCAAAACUGAGCUCCCAUGCACACCAAGAACACCCACAGACAGCGCAAAAAGCAAUAGCCCGACGCCGCUAUCAUCCAGCAAGGUCACCAUCAAUCUGCGAAAAACCACCAAUCCCGUCACCACUAAAUCUGCAGAAGCUUGCUUACCGUCAUCGAGCCACGACGGGGUUCCACCAGUCAUCUCAGACGUCACGAGCGAUGACCAACAAAGGAUAGCUGUGGAGGAGCGGCUGCACACCAGGUCAGGAGAGCAGAGCCCCCAGAAGUCAGACUCUGCAAGCCCGCCAGUUGAAUUAAUCGCCAUCUCCGACGAUGAAAACGAAGAAAGCGAUGACGAAAUGGCCUUUUCAGUAGAUGAAAAAGCUACUGGGAUGCUGAGUCGCGAGCAUGUGCCUAUUGACCCUACUCCGCAGUUUCCUUAUAUACAACGCAAUGAAGAGCCAUCCCUACCGCUGCUUCGAUUUAUCCAUCAUUUUAGAACCGCCGUGGUUGAUACUGAGGCCGCUACAGAUUCUCCCAUCAGCCCUGAGGCUCUGUUCUUACUACAAGCCUGGAUGCAAGACUAUCUGAGGUUUGCCAAGAAUGCCGACAAAACCGCGGUCCUGGACUCUCGGCAAGCAAAUAAAAGGUUCUGGUCGAUACUCCCCGAAUCAAUGCUCCAGUUGUUACUAAGAAGUUCUGAACUUGUCAAGUCUCCAGAGCUGCGCAGCGUCAUAAUCGGGGUCUAUUCCGCCUUCGCCUGUUUAGCGGCGCGCAUGGCUGCUCUGGAUAUGGUGGUACUCCGAGAAAUGCAAUCCACCAUUGGGGCGACAAAUGAGGGCCCUCCCGAUCUAUACUCCGCAAAGUACCUUCAGCAGCUUCAUGACAUAAUAGUCACCGAUGUAUCCUCAACAAGUAGCGGCGGAGAAGGAUCAUCCCCCGGCUCAGAAUGGGUUCAGAACGAAGUCGGAUCCUACCUACUUGCCAAACUACAAUCUAGCCAGGGAGGCAGCGUGACAGCCCUGUCGCAAUUGGCAGCUGCAUUGACAGCCUUUGUUCCAAAGUUUCCAAGACUGAUGGAACAUCUGGCAGCUAUCGCAAGGAUUCUCGCUAGUUGUUUGCGAGAAUCCGUCAGAACGCUUGCCACUGGUGGCGACAGAGUCGCGCAAGCACAGAGCCAGCUAGAGAUAGGGACGACUGCUUGGGAUACUAUUUCGACUUGCCUGGAAAUGAUGAUUGAGAAGCACGUUACUCAAUUAAGCGUUGACACAGCUACAAUUCUAAUCCAAGCUUUGACGGAUGUUUUGAAAUGGACGCUGCGUGGAGAACACGGGUCAGCAUUCGAUACCGUACGCCGACACCUUCAAAAUUAUUCCGAUCUACCUUGCGUUCAUGGAUUUGAAGCCGUUGCGUGGCAAUGGAGGCUCGGCAUUUUGGACCGGUUAAUCCGUUCCAGCCAAAUGCAACUUCGUGUCAUGGCCAUUACCAGGCUGUGCAACGACCUCGUCUCGGUAUGGAAAAGCACCAUGACCGCCAGCGAUGAAAGCAGCAAUAGAUUUCUGGCAUUUAUUGGGGAAUGUUUACUGGAGACUCGAUUGAUCGACUACAUACUGGGCCCGAAUUGCCAUCCUGAGAUUAUCGUGGAGAGCUCGAAUGUGCUGGGCUUUCUGAUUGUUACCAAGCUCUACAGACAGUAUCAUACCGAUCGUUUGUGGCAAAACAUCAUGCUAUGCCAAGAUCCUCGCAUUACGGAGGCUCUAGCACGCAUGGUAACAAGUAUAACCAACCUGUUUGACUACGACGGUUUGCUAGGUUGGUGUCAAAAGUUCCAAACCAUGCCCCUUGAGGCGUUCUCGCCGGCGAUGCGCACCCUUUGGGACAAUAUCAUGAACGAGCUGAUAUCGAAAUGUCAGUCAGAACGGCAAACACUGUCAUUUGAACCCUUUGACCUGUGCUUGAGGCUACUGAGAGAAGCGUCGAUUUGUACGGCGGGGUCGCAGGUAGCCGAUCCGGAUUUGCAAAUGGCUGCCAUACAAAAAUUGAGGGAACUGUUAAGCACUGCGCGCCCCGACGAUCUGGAUAUUCUGCACCUGAGCUGUCUGGAUGACAUAGCUAAGAAGUCGCCUACAGCUCUGGGAAGCUUGUGGUGCUUGUCCAUGACCAUGCGAGGAAACAUCCCGAACGAAGUCGAAAAUCUUACAAAGAACCACGACCUAGCAAGGCUUGUUGUAGAGGAACUAGAUCAUGCAGUUCGUGCAGGGCGACAAGCGGGUGCGUUUGCCGUAAUAUCUGGCACGCCCAAUGUACCCAGAAGGGAUCUAAUCGCCAGCCUCAUCCAAUUUCAGCCAGCAGCUUUGAACAACGGGUUGGGCCCCAUACUAUUGGAUAUCAUUGUUGGCCCGAAAUCGCCAUGUCCUGAUGACAGAAAAGCUGGCUGGUAUGUCAUCACAAAUGUAAUGAGAAAGGCAUCGAUGAAAAACGCGUUUUUGCAAGCCUGCUUCUCCAGAUACCUGCCUGGCCUUCCUGCGUCCUGCUUCUCGGAUGGCAUGCUCGAUUUCGUUCGAGAGAGAGUCCUGUACCUGGCCGGGGAUGGCAAUAAUUUUGCCUUGGAUGACGCAGAAGCGCUGUCGUACAGUGGUAUUGAGCAACUUUGGCGUAUCAUUCUAGAGGCUGAAGACCCUCUCUUGGUGUCGCGGGCUAUCUCUACGCUCGCAGUCGACUUAUACUUGGAGAGUAAUGCCAUCAAGUCAUAUUCGGUCUGUCGUUCGAGGAACGUGCACACAUCCCUGGUCAUUCGAUGCUUGACCCAGAUGGAACAGGCGGCGAAGAAGCUCAAAGGGUCUACCGAGGCCGGCGUUGGAGAAGACGAUGAAUCAAUGGUGCUUGUUGCAACUACUGAAGAUGUCCAGAAACAGGAGCGAAUUUUUGGACGCUCUCUCCAGUUGAUGAGGUUUUUUCUGGGAAAAUACCAAGUGAACGGUCGAUUUUCCGUUGCGGACUUCAGACCGUUGAUGUCAACGGCGGUAGAAGAGAUAAACGGCGAGUCAGCUUGUUUACAGUAUCAAGCCUUUGACAAUAAUGACCAGACUGACAUCAAGCCUAUAACUAUUGGUCUUGGAAACUCCAUCGCUUCACUUUUGACUUGCCUGAAGACCUUGACCGGCUUUGACAAUUACCGCAUUUAUUAUCGGGGACAGCCGCUUCUUCCCAAGGAGCAUCAAGCUACGAAAUCUUUAGAAGAGCUCGGCAUACGUGAUGGGUUUAUUCUAGUCAAACGGGAUGAAGGCGGCGCGUCACUCGCAGGAUACAUAAGACCCGGUUCAUCACCGCUGGAGAUUGAAAUUCUAGGCCACUUCAAAGACUUAUGGGAAUACUUGAGCAUGGGUGAGAAAUUGGCCGAGGAAGUCUACGACUUUCUCGUCAAACUCCCGGCAGAUGGCCACUUCAUGCUGCAGUUCGAUUCGGAUCAGAGUGAUCAUUCGCGAGUGUUCCUCAAAGGACAGGCGUUCAAGACACUAUACGGUCUCCAUGCUCUAAAUGAUUACAUCGAAGCUGCUCAACAUUCCGCAUUUGCAACGAGCCAUGAUGAAGAUUAUAUGGGAAUCAAGUUGACAUCUUACCAGCAGGCCCUUGUGAGAGGCUUGCGCCUGAUUGUCAAGGCUAUAGGCGAUCCCGAGAUGCUAGAUGACAUGCCGGCUGUCCAGCAGCUACGAAUUGCAGGGACAUUCCUGCAAGCUUUCGUGAAGCUUUUCACGGAAGCUGCCAGGUACAAACCAUUAUUGGAGCUCGGUGACGACGUGCUGCCACAUCCUACUCGACUCGUAGACAUUCUGGCUACAGUGGAAGGUGACACGAGCGACACAAGCUUGGCGUUAAUCGAAAGCGCAUGCACAGCGGUCUUACGUGUGGGCUCUGUGAAUCGGGAAUUUUGGAACACAGUGGUGACUUCCACUUCUUUUCUCGACAUCAUGAAGAGCUUUCUGUUGAAAGACCCUCGCAAGGCCGUGAGGCAAACGAUUGUCGAACUCAUCGAGGACAUCACGGGCCCAGAAGCUCAGAUUCUAACACCAGACAGCGGCAAUUCUGUUUAUUCCAGCCAGGAGACCAAACCCGUUUUGCUUUCCAUUUGUACUGCUCUGACCGAGGGCCUGCCACUUUGCCUCGUCAACCAGUCUCAGCCUGAGGAGUAUUUCAGAGCACUGCUCCAUCUAGUUGCUCACGCAUGUACGACGACUUCUCAAGCAGUGGAUAUUGACCUACUCGCAGUAGUGGCACGAGACCUUUUGCUUAAACACACCUGUACAGAGACGAUUGACCGACCAGACAUGGCAGAUCCAAUCGCAGCCGGUCUGGUAGCAGUACUGCAUAUUUGUGUCGAGAAUAGCCAAAGUCUAAGCAAGUCCAGAAAUUUUGACGAAAACGCAAUCUCUCGGUUGUUUUGGCGCCAUCUUUUCCCAAAGAAACGACGUGGUGACAAGGACAGCGUUCCUCGAGUAAUUCUCAACACGAACACGCGAAGUAAGCUCUAUGAUGUAGUUUUUCGCUGCGUGAGAUACGAUUUGAAUUCUUUCGUCCACAUGCUUGAUACCUUGAACGGUCUUGUGCCGUUUUACGUGGAAGAACCCGAUGAUCCUUAUAUCUACGAUCUUCCGUAUCAAUUCGACCGGUCCAGAGCAAUACGAGCCCCUUGUGGAUAUGUUGGACUACGAAACCUCUCCAAUACUUGCUAUCUAAAUUCGCUCCUUACUCAGCUGUUCAUGAACACUCAAUUCCGAAGGUUCAUCAUGUCAGUCGUUGUACAAGACCCACAAGCAUCGCAGCAACUGCUCUUCUACACCCAGAAGCUUUUCGGUUAUAUGCAGGAGAGCUUUCAACGUUUUGUGGACCCAUUUGACGUCGUGGCCUCGAUAAGAACGUAUGAUGAUACCCCCAUUGACAUUCAUAGUCAGAUGGAUGUCGAUGAGUUUUACAACUUGCUUUUUGAUCGGUGGGAAGGGCAACUCCUCAACAAGGACGAUAAGAAACGGCUGCGUUCAUUUUUCGGUGGCCAGUUGGUCCAACAGGUGAAGUCGAAGGAAUGCAAACAUAUCUCGGAGCGUCUCGAGCCAUUCUCAGCCAUCCAGUGCGAUAUCAAAGGCAAAGCCACACUUGAAGAAAGCCUUCAAGCUUACGUGGAUGGCGAGGUGAUGGAAGGUGAAAACAAGUACAAGUGCUCGACAUGUGACCGUCAUGUUGAUGCGGUGAAGAGAGCGUGCCUGAAAGACGUACCGGACCACCUCAUCUUCCACCUCAAGCGUUUUGAUUUCAACUUGCGAACGCUACAAAGGAGGAAAAUUAAUGACCACUUCACGUUUCCCCAGACUUUGGACCUUGCGCCGUACACAGUGGAGUACCUCAACGCCGAGAAGGAUGCAGCUCAAAGCGAUAUUUUCGAAUUGGUUGGCAUCCUCGUCCACUCUGGAACAGCCGAGUCCGGACACUACUAUUCCUACAUUCGGGAGAGAAGGUUUGGUGGUCAGCCAAGUUGGGUCGAAUUCAACGACGACUCUGUGCUACCAUGGGAUCCAGCCCUGAUGGAAAGUGCAACAUUCGGCGGCCCGGAUCCCCAGUCGUCCCUCCAGGACAUAAAUGGUAUCGUUUACGACAAGACUUACAGCGCCUAUAUGCUCUUCUAUCAGCGUGCAUCAUCUCAGCGUCAUGAUUCGCCAUCAGGCGGUGCGACGAUGAAUGACCGUCCGUCGCCUGUUGAGGUCCCGCCUGCAUUAAAGGAGCAUAUCGUCAACGAAAAUAGAGUACUGCUUCGCCGACAGUGUCUUUUUGACCCGAGCCACAGUGGCUUUGUUCAGCAAUGUUUUGGCCACUCAAUUUACCUCGGAGAAAACGAGGCGGCCAAGCUUCGCGGGUCGAAGUACGAUGGUGACAAUGACGACGAGUUGGGGAGGGGCGCAAGCUCUGAUCUGGAUACUUCAGCCCACACCUUGGAGAACUUGGCCAUGGAAGUGUCUCUGUCUCAUUUCGACCAAGUGGUUUCCAGAACCAAGGACGCCACGCUGGUGGAGUCCUUCACUUCAAUGCUGAAAUCUGCAGUUACAAAGUGCUACGAUUGCGCCCUUGCAUUUUACAACUACUUCCAGGUGCGCCACGGGGCCAUUCGUUCGUUGAUUCAGCGAAAUCCAGAUGCAGAUAUCAGAAGCUUUACUGGUAAAACGCUUAUACUUGCAGCCACGAGGAUUCGAAGCGGUCUUCCGCGACUUUACCAUUUUCCCGUCCCAACAAGAACAGCCUCCCACUCAGCUAGUGUGGAUAGCGAGGAUGACUGGGACGAUUCAGAGUCUCCGCCAUCAGUGCUGCAGGGAAUGAUGAACAUGUUUAACCAUCUUUGGAGAUUCUUUUACGUACACAUCAGGUCCUGGGAUGAAUAUUUCGGCACAGUGCUCGCCUUUGCGAGGCUUGGAGAUCUCGAGGUGGGCCGUCUCUUGGCAGACAACUUUUUGCUCAGACUACUUCAAAUUAUCAGUGCGGACCCGAUGACGAUGGAGUUGCAGCCCAACUAUCAGCGCAUGGUUAACAACUUGACGCGGCGCUUCAACUCCAAGCCGGCUUCCUACACUGCGAUCCUGGCACUCAUCGACUACCUCAUGGCGCAGUUGGAACCUACAUUGAGCGCAGACGUGAUUGUGGACGAGGCAAAAGAUAGAUGCGAUGCGCGAAGGCCCUUCGCUUGGACGUCAGAAGAAGUCCAGGCUGUUCACAGCCACCCCGAUAGCCCUACGACUAGUGUUUUCACGGAAAAGCUCCUAGAAUUGGAUCAGGCACCAGCGUCGACAAACAGCAUCAUUGGACAAUUGGUCGAGAGCGGAGAAGAAUUGGAUCUCAGGGUGUUCAACACUCUUCGGAGGAAAAUUCAAGGGGAAACAACGACACAGCCCAUGGACUCGUCCAUCAGGGCGGCCGGGCGAUAUGCUGAAUGCAGCGAAUCGGUGGAGAGAGUGCAUAUCCUCAUCAGGCAUAUUUGCACACAAGCACGCAGUCUCCAGCACAAUGAGGGAUCUACAUUUUUGGACUUUGUAGACCUGAUGCUGCGCUCGCGCCGACCCAACGAGAGUCUGGCCUUGGCACGGAGAAGGUACAUACUUCAAGCGAUUCCCAUGUGGGCGCCAUAUCUGCUGGUGUACAGCGACGAGCACACAAGAGGCGUGGCGGAGCGGCUUAUCAACGAUAGGCUUUUCCCGCCCAUGGGACUCGACACACUUGAUAGACAGGAGGACGAUGCUGCGUUGGAGUCAGAGGCACUAGAACACGUUAUCCGACAGCUCGGAAUAAAGUGCCUAGUGUAUCUCCGAGACGUCCAUGUCAAGGGAAGAAUACAGCUCGAGCGCAACGCAGCGGGCAACAUUCUACGUGUUAUCGGUAACUGCGUUCCAUUUUACGAGGGAAGCGACGAGAUGAACGACUACGCAGACGACAGCGCCGAGUUCAGAGCCAUCCAAGGGGAGAUAACAAGUCCCCUGCAGAGACUACUUGUGGACGAGAUUGAGGAUGACGGGUCUGAAUGGGAUGGCUCUUGCGGCUCAUCGGAAUUCAUGGACGCCAACGUAGGCACGUUGGCGCAGACAGGAAAUCAUGUACAAGACUAA